AUGGAUGCUUCCCAUCUCCGACGGUCUGCUAGAGUGUUGUUAGGAUCACCCUUGAGCAGAGUGUACUUGAGUCAGGCAUCGAACCAGGAAGGACAAAAGGACACACUUGUCUGCAAUGAUUGUUGUCAGUUGCAGAUCCCGGGCAUGACUUGUUCCGUUCGUACCAUUGGACUGCUGGGGAACAAGGCAUCUAGAAAAAGGCAAUUAGCUCGUAUACAUCGAUACUUGGCCAAUGUUUCCAACAAGACAGGGAAGUUCACAGGCGAAGUAGGAAAAAAAUAUCUGAUCACAUGCUGGUCAUGUGGUAAUAUCUCCAAAACACCAUAUCGCCGGUCACAAAGAUCAAACACCAAAGCUGUUAUGCCCUCAACGAUCGGCAGAAAUAAAAAAAAUAACGCUAAGACCAAAUCAACCGCAAGUGAGCACAAACUCCCCAAGCAAGGAUUGUCACUAUCAGAUUUUUUAUUGUAG